CUCCGGGCUAUAAAGGGCGGCGGGGAGGAGCGGGGCGAGCCCGGAGCCCAACCGAGUCCAGCCGAACCGAGCGGAGCCGCCAGCGCCCCACCAUGGCCACCAGCGAGCCCACGCCGGCGCAGCCCAAGGCAGAGGAGCAGCAGAACAUCGGGACCCGCGUGGCCAACCUGCCCCUGGUGAGCUCCGCCUAUGAUAUGGUGUCCUCGGCCUACACCUGCACCAAGGAGAGCCACCCCUACGUGCGCUCCGUCUGCGAUGCCGCCGAGAAGGGGGUGAAGACGCUGACGGCGGCGCCAGCCAAGCUGGCCACGGCCGUGGAGGGCUUUGAGCCGGAGCAGCAGAAGCAGAAGCAGAGCUACUUCGUGCGCCUGGGCUCUCUGUCCUCCAAGGUGCAGCACCGAGCACUCCAGCACUCCCUGGGCAAACUGCAGAGCGCCCGCCAAAGCAGCCAGGAGCUGCUGGCCCAGCUCCAGAGCACCCUGGACCUGGUGGAGCAGCUGAAGCAGGGCAUGGACCAGAGGCUGCAGGGAGGGCAGGAGAAGCUGCAGCAGCUGUGGCUGGAGUGGAGCAAGAAACAGCCAGGAGGUGGCAAGGACCAGGUGCCACCAGAGACGGUGGAGUCGGGCACGCUGACCAUGCUGCAGGGCCUGAGCCAGCARCUGCAGAGCUCCUGCCAGCCCUUGCUGUCCAGCCUGCAGGGCCUCCCCGCCGGCAUCCAGGACACGGCRGGGCAGGUCCGGCAAAACGUGGAGGAGCUGCGGGCAGGGCUGGCUUCUGUCACCUCCCUGCAGGAUGUGACGGGCCCCGUGCUGGCCCGAGCCCGCACCCACGCCACCAAAGCCCGGCAGCUGAUGGAUGAGCUGGUGGAGCAUGUGGCCUUCAACACCCCCCUGACGUGGCUGGUGGGACCCUUUGCCCCCUCGGGCCAGCGCCCCGUGGAGAUGGAGUAGCAAUUCCAGGCUGCUUCACCCCAAAAACCUCRUUAGGAGCCUCUGCUAACAGCCCCCAGCCCCCCCUCACCCCCUGCCUCUGUGGGGACCCUCCUGCCAGCCCCAGCUCUGUCCCUUGUCCCCUUGCUGGGGACCUGCAGUAACGUGCCUUGGCUGCCCCAAGUGCCUGUGAGGGUCCCCUGUGUCCUCGGUGCCUUCAACCCCUUGGCCUUGUAGGGUCAAAACAGCACAAGAAACAAUAAAUUCUGGUUAGUUUUG